AUGGCUGAUGCCGAGGAUAUUCAACCCCUCGUUUGCGAUAAUGGAACCGGAAUGGUCAAGGCUGGUUUUGCCGGAGAUGAUGCACCGAGGGCGGUGUUCCCUAGCAUUGUGGGGCGUCCACGUCACACUGGAGUGAUGGUUGGGAUGGGGCAGAAGGAUGCGUAUGUUGGGGACGAGGCUCAAUCAAAGAGGGGUAUUUUGACUCUGAAAUACCCUAUUGAGCAUGGGAUUGUGAGCAAUUGGGACGACAUGGAGAAGAUCUGGCAUCACACUUUCUACAAUGAGCUUCGUGUGGCCCCUGAAGAACACCCUGUGCUUCUCACCGAGGCACCGCUUAAUCCUAAGGCUAAUCGUGAGAAAAUGACUCAGAUCAUGUUUGAGACCUUCAACACUCCUGCUAUGUAUGUCGCCAUCCAAGCUGUGCUCUCCCUUUAUGCUAGUGGCCGUACAACUGGUAUUGUUCUGGACUCUGGAGAUGGUGUCAGUCACACGGUUCCUAUCUAUGAAGGCUAUGCCCUUCCGCAUGCAAUCUUGCGUUUGGACCUUGCAGGGCGUGAUCUCACCGAUGCCCUAAUGAAAAUUCUGACUGAGCGUGGUUACUCUUUCACCACAUCUGCAGAGCGUGAAAUUGUGAGGGACAUGAAGGAGAAACUGGCUUAUAUUGCUCUUGAUUAUGAGCAGGAAUUGGAAACUGCCAAGACCAGCUCAGCUGUUGAGAAGAGCUAUGAGCUUCCUGAUGGGCAGGUGAUCACUAUCGGUGCUGAACGAUUCCGGUGCCCUGAAGUUCUGUUCCAGCCAUCCAUGAUUGGGAUGGAAUCUCCUGGCAUCCAUGAGACAACCUAUAACUCUAUCAUGAAGUGUGAUGUCGACAUUAGGAAGGAUCUCUAUGGUAACAUUGUAUUGAGUGGUGGUUCCACAAUGUUCCCAGGCAUUGCUGAUAGGAUGAGCAAGGAGAUUACAGCAUUGGCACCAAGUAGCAUGAAAAUUAAGGUUGUAGCACCACCAGAGAGGAAGUACAGUGUCUGGAUUGGAGGCUCCAUCUUGGCUUCCCUCAGUACCUUCCAACAGAUGUGGAUUGCGAAGGCAGAGUAUGAUGAAUCUGGACCAUCAAUCGUUCACAGGAAAUGCUUCUAA